AUGAUAAUUAAUGAGUUAAAGUCCACUAAUGGAGUGUUCAAGGAGUGGAGUGACAUAUACCAUGAUGAGCAGAUCAUCCAAGCCAUCGAACGUGGUGAAAUACAGGAACGUGACAUGAUUCUGAUCUUUUCGAUUGACAGUGCACAACUCUAUCACUACAAGGCAUCAGACACCUGGAUAUAUAUCUGGGUGCUCUUUGAUUUGUCCCCAGAGUUGCGACAUAAGAAGAAACAUGUUCUUCUCGGCAGCUUCAUUUCAGGCCCCAACAAACCAAAAAACCUCGAUUCCUUUCUAUUUCUGGAUCUUCAUCAUGCUCAGACACUCAUGAAGCAUGAGUUUCGCUUCUGGGAUGCCCUUGAUGGUGUCACAGUAUUAAAUGGGCCAGGUCUUGCUCAAGUCAACAAUGGUACGGGUCACAAAGGGCACCAUGAAUGUCAUAUGUACUGUGAAUUGAUCAGACAACACAAAGAAAAUGCACCGCAUUAUUACCCUGCUCUUGCCAAACCUCUAGGCUAUACUGUUGCUGGAUGUGAUCAUGAUGAUGUAGACCUCAUGACCAUUGAUCCUUAUCCCUCUGCCGAGGAGUAUCUAUCCAACCUUCACUAUGUCUUAGAGUCUACUUCAGAUGGUCAAUACAAGAAUCUCUUGAGUGGGCUCUCAUGUACUUUCUCUAUGCCUGGAUGUCUAGCAAUUGAUUUGAUGCAUCUCAUUGCUCUAAUCAUACCAGACUUGCUUCUUGGACUGUGGUGGGGCACACUAGAUUGUGAAACAUGGAAGACACAUGGUGAGGUGGUUGGGAAGAUGCUUCCAUAUCUUCCUGGCUUAUUCGAUAGGCCACCUCAUGAUCUCACAGAGAGACUGAACAGUGGAUAUAAAGCAUGGAAGUUUCUGCUUUAUAUAUUUGGCAUGGAGCCUGCACUGUUCUACAAUGUCUUGCCUGAAAAAUACUGGCAGAAUUUUUGCCAACUGGUGGCAGCGGGCCGAAUACUUCAUCAGCACAAAAUCACAUGA